AUGAGUAGCGUCAACACUUUCGAGGCGAAGUCGGCGAAAGCGCGUCUGGAACAGCACCGCGACGACGCCGUGCAUGCGAAGUUGCAGCUGACCGAGUCUCUGGGUGCGUUGAAGGCGGCGCAGAGUCGAUUGCUGGGGAAGCGACUGGACGACGCGAUUGACAAGCAGCGGAAUGUGGAGAAGGAAGCGCUCGCGUACUUGAAGAACGUGAAUUCGAUGUGUCAACGUGCUGCCAAGUGGAAGUCGGAGCAGAAACGCUUUCGCUCGAGCUUGGAUGAGAUGAAUCACUUUGCGGAAUGGGCAGCUGCUACGGAGAUCGACCUACAUGCUGUUGCUGGGAACUUGGAGUACGUGUGUGCUGUGCUGGAAAAAGAGCAAGAAGAAGUAGCGAAAUGA